GAGACUCUUCGAGACAUUGACAAUUCUCACAUGCUCUACUGGGCCUUCUCGAACGAUCGGCCAAUGCUUUAUCUAGGGAGUGCAGCAAACACAUUGGCGCUUACAUCAGACAUUUCACAUUCCGCCCGACGCUGCGACUUUCAUCAAGCUUGAAAGUGCAGAAGAAGCUUACAUCAUGAGACAAGAUCAGCCUGAUCCACCACCAAAGCUCGACAUAGAAGCGGUCAUUAGCCCUCAGCUAGAGAAACAUGCAGACGAGUUGAUGAGAGCCGAGAUACCUGUGAGUCUUCCAUUUAUUGCGGCAUUAAAGGAACCGGAAGACGGCAGCAAGCAUCAAAUAUUCCUCAAUUGGCUUCGUCACAACAGCGAUCCCUACAACGGGAUUGUAAACACUGACAUCGCGACCAGCCUGCAGCACAAGAAAUUUGAUAAAUGAGAUGGACGUAAGAAUCUGAGCCGGCCAAAUAGCCGUCUCUCAGUUGUAUACUUCCAAAUACAUAUAUGCUACGUUACAAGCCUAUAUUUAUACUUCGCCGCCUUCACUUAACACGUGAAAGACUGAAAGUUGCUUCCGCCUGCACUAUUUAAGGGUUCUACUUGACCUGGUCAAACCAUGUUAAUCGCUUCGAGGUCCUACACACCGUACACCCCAACCACGUCAAAUUAUCAUGGCUUUGGACAAGACCAAAAAGAGUCUCGGCGAGCUGAUCGCACCGCUCGCACAAGAGCUGCACGACAUGAUCUAUGAUUACACCUUUGCCGCGCCAGAAGAUCCAGUCACCAUCACCAAGAAGUAUCAGCUACCCUCAAUCGCGCAAGUCUCUCGCGCCACUCGCAAGAAGUACCUCGAGGAUUACUACAAGAACACAUUCUUCGGCACAGCUUCCAACAUCGACAAGUGGAUUGCGUCGCUCUCCGAUGAGCAUCGCGCCAAGCUCACGGAUGUGCGCGCCUCGCACGAUCCAGAUGCUGACGAGGAAGAAGAGAAAGAAGCCGGCAAACGUCUCCUGGAGAAGGACUGCAUCACUUGGAUCUCAUCUGUCUGCUGGUCCAUUGAUUGGCGUGCUCUUCCACGCAUGCUCGAGUGAGUCGACAUCACACCAGAAGCAGAUCCCGCACCACAAAAUUCCGAAGCUGAAGUCAAGAGUCCAGACGGAGUCGCGGACAGUGACUGCAAGAUCUUCGCAGAGCAGAAUGCUGGCUGAGGUAGUCCAGUCGUGUUGAUUACAUGCUGAAGAUUAUAGACUCCAGCUGAGGCGCUAGACGGAUGGAAGUUUGCAUGCAUGGCGAUGGAAAGGGAUAAGGGAAGCGAUCGUGAGUAGUGAGGUAGGCGAAAAGUUUCUGCCUGAAUUUCCAGGCCACAACUUCUCCAUACGCACUCCAUGCGAGGUUGCUUUCUGCAGAAAUGAGACGACACACG